CUUUGAACCACCUUGCGAUCGGCUAUCCAUCAUCGACUGGACAGCAUGCUCGGGUAUCGCCUUCGACUGACAGGGCGGCAGGUCCUGCCUGGCUUGUCGCGUCCCAAAGUGACUCCAGUGCAGUUCCCUGCAUGGCACACGCGCUUCCACAGCAGUCUCGGCUCAAAACACGACGACGUAGCGGACACGCCUGCUGCCAAGCCGACAGCCAAGGCGUCCGACUUUAAGCGUCUCAUGGCGCUGUACAAGCCCGAGAAGCGCAACUUGGCCAUCUCCAUGACCGCUUUGGGUCUUUCCACCGCCAUCACCAUGUGCUUGCCCUACGGCAUGGGCCGCAUCUUGGACGUAGUGACUCAGCCCGACGGACUGGACCAGUUGCCCGUGGUCAUCACGGCCCUGGGGGGUCUCUUUGUCGUAGGCGCCGCCACCAACGUCGUCCGAGUGAACGUGAUGAACAUGAUCGGCGAGCGCAUCGCCAACAAGCUGCGCCAGGACACGUACGCGUCCAUCUUGCAGCAGGACAUGACGUUCUUCGAUAAAACCAAGACCGGCGAACUGCUCAAUCGGCUCUCGGCAGACACGGCGUUGGUGGGGACCGUGCUCAGUGAUAACGUGUCGGGCGGGUUCCGCAGCGUGGGCCAGGCCGUGGGCAGCAUCUCCAUGAUGUUCUUCACGUGUCCCAAGCUCAGCCUUAUCAUGCUGGCGGUGGUGCCUCCGCUGGCGCUGGGAGCCGUUUCGUACGGCCGUUUCGUAAAGAAACUGACGGCCCAAGUGCAAAGUCAGCUGAGCGAGGCCACGGAUUUAGCUGAAGAACGGCUGAAUAACAUCCGGGUGGUCCGGUGGUUUGCCAAAGAAACGUUCGAAACAAACGCCCACCUGGAAAAGAUCCAGGGCAUUCUGGGCCUGGCCCAGAAACGGUCCAUGGCCAGCGCCACGUUCUUUGGAGCUGUGGACUUGAGUGUUAAAAUGAGUAUGCUGGGGGUACUUGGCUACGGGGGGACCAUGGUGGCCCAGAAUGCCCUUUCUGUGGGCGAAUUAGGAUCGUUCCUCAUGUAUACGUUGUACGUGGGCGUGUCGUUUGCUGGCAUGUCGUCGUUUUAUACUGAAAUCAUGAAGGGCGUGGGUGCGAGUCAGCGAGUGUUUGACUUGAUCGAGCGGUCGCCCCAAGUCAUUCCGACCCCCCCGACGCCUCUCUCGUUGUCGUCUUUCAAAGGCGACAUUUCGUUUGAAAACGUCCGGUUUCGGUACCCCGGGCGUCCGGAUGCGGUCAUUUUCGACGGAUUGACGCUCAAAGUGCCGCCCAAUCAGACGCUGGCGAUCGUCGGACCGAGCGGCGGCGGCAAAAGUACUGUGCUAACGCUGCUCGCCCGCUUUUACGAACUCCAAGGCGACCACUGUGGCGGAGCGAUUUACAUCGACGGGGUCAACAUUGUCGAUUUGGACCCGUUGGCGCUGCGCAGUCUGAUUGGCACCGUGAGCCAAGAACCGCCGUUAUUCGGAGCUACGAUUGCCCAGAAUAUUGCAUAUGGGGUCACUCCAGGGUCGAGUGUAACCCAAGCCGAGAUCGAGGCCGCCGCCAAACAAGCCAACGCCCACGACUUCAUCAUGGCCCUUCCGGAUAAAUACGAAACCCACGUAGGCACGAAGGGGCUUACGUUAUCCGGAGGCCAAAAGCAGCGCGUGGCUAUAGCCCGAGCCCUAGUGAAGAACCCGCGCAUUCUGCUCUUGGACGAAGCUACGAGUGCUCUGGACCACGAAAGCGAGCGAUUGGUGCAGGAUGCUAUUGACAAGGCCAAGGCGAACCGGACCGUGAUUUUGGUUUCGCAUCGGCUGUCGAGUAUCAAGAGCGCCGACACGAUCGCGGUGGUGGCGGAAGGCCGCGUGGUGGAGCAAGGAACGUUCGCUGAACUAGCCAUGCACCCUGAUAGUGUAUUUACGCAAGUGGUGCUGGCUGGCCAUACCCAAUAGGAACAAAGUAUUACUACUCA